GAGUCGACGGUCCUCGCUCAGCGUUCAGUCGGUUCAAGUCGUGCACCACGAAGCACAGAGCCAGCCGGACAGCAGCGCACGUUAUCGGUCGCAAACCGAUGACAGCGGUAUAUUUCCGUCCGUAAAACCGCGAAGAAGAAGAAUAUAAUCGGCGAACAUAUCCGGUCGCCGGUCGGCCGAUCGUUUGUGGGGAGCGGAGUGUCGGUAAAGAAAAUUGAUCACCGUUAAAGAAAUACCAAAACGUAUCAUCGUUUCAAGUGCAGAUACUCAAAUCAAGAGAAGAAAUUUGAAAGAGUGACAUGUGUGUUAUAUUCGGGACGAUGUCGCGAAGGUAGAGGUGAAGUUUCAGUGAACAAAGAUCACGACUCGAUGUUGUAAACUGUUCCCCAGUGAUAUUUUUUCACCCAAUAUUAAUCGCUUGUGCAGCGAUUUAAAUACGCGUUCCGUAAUCACCGGCUAUAAUAACCAAAGAGCGAAUCCGGUGGCGCGGCUACGAUUCGCGCCGUGAAAUGACACGGUUUAUACGUAAUAAUAAGUGCAGCAGCGAUGAGGACAAAAACGAUAUUGUAAUAAAAAAGUGUAUAAACUUGUGAAAUGGAUGGUACGUCACGGAAAAGCGAAGCAGUCUUAAUAUAUGGAUGCCCAUGGGUGGAAUUUGGCCGAAAUGUGCCAGCGCUACCAUCAAGCUGUCCCCGCCGUCCAAAAUUCUUCGACAGCUAGAGACGCCGCGGCCGCCAUUGUGGGCGCACCCGUCUCGACGCACCUCGAACAGGCCAGCCCUUCUUACACGCACUACACUAUGCUGGACAACUACGACAGGAGCGAGUUGACCCCUCCGCCUGUAACCAGCUACGGAGGAUCUCCGGGUCUCCUGGCUCUUCAUUCUUCUCUCUACGCCACCCCGACGUCCAGGGCCUACGAUAUCGACGCCGGAAUCGACGCCAGCGAGAGUCCGAUGCCAGUUGACGCCCAGAUAAUACCAAUUCCGAGCAUGCUGAGCGGCCAGGCCCAGCAGCGCUUGGAGGAUAUGUCCUGGCUGGCAUCAGGACCACCACUCGACUAUCAGCAGGGUAUUCCCUCGAUGCAGUCCGGGGUGAAAAUGUGCCAUCCGGGAAGUUCCGCCCAACGGAGCCUGAAGGAGCAGCGCAUACGGAGGCCCAUGAACGCUUUCAUGGUGUGGGCGAAGGUUGAGCGAAAGAAAUUGGCCGACGAAAAUCCUGACCUCCAUAACGCCGACCUCAGCAAGAUGCUCGGAAAGAAAUGGCGGGGCCUUACGCCGCAGGACAGGCGGCCUUACGUCGAGGAAGCGGAGAGGUUGAGGGUGAUACACAUGCAGGAACAUCCCAACUACAAGUACAGACCACGUCGCAGAAAACACGCGAAGCGAGCCCCGGGGGCCCCGGCCUCACCACCUACCGCAACAAACGCCCCUGGUUCCAGACCCAACCCCGCUGGGCCCACGAUUCAUCAUUCCAUGACUAAAAUGGAUAACUAUCAAAGCAUGCCGCAAAUGUCCUGGGGAGGGCACUCGCCUAUCGCGUCUCUCUAUCAUCAGCAACAACAACAACAGCAACAGCAACAACAACAACAACAACAGCAACAGCAACAGCAACAACAACAACAACAACAACAGCAACAGCAACAACAGCAACAACAGACAAUGCAAGAGUACAAGUCAGAAAAUAACUCAAUCUAUGGAAGUCCUUAUACACCGAUCAUCCACUCGCCAGAUAUUUCACCCGUCGCCAGUCCUGAACCAGAUGGCGAUGGGACACACCUUUCUUCGACACAAAAUCCAGACCCAGAGAGAGACUUAAUGGAGGGCACAUCCAAGCAGCACAACGAUCAUGAACAGGCAAAGCAGCGAUAUGCUUUCAUGAGUGGGGACAGUCAAUUACAUCCCGCUCACAGCGUUGCCAACAUAUCGUCCUGCCAGAACACCGGCAUCUACACGGAUACUCUGACAUACAAGAAAUCCGUGAGCUACCUGAACUUCGAAAGGCAAACUUCGAGUAUAGCAGCGAUUGGAAUAGCCAACGGAAUGAUGGUAUCAUGUAACAAACUGCGAUCAGGUUUUGAGAAUGUCGGAUCUGUUACGGGAACAUUUUACCCACCAGUCGCUUCACCGCAUGACCAAUCAAUGCACUACAGUAAUAACCAGUCAACAAAAUCGAAUAAUUAUCCGAUGCAACCUAACGUUGAAAAUAAUUACAACCCAUGCAACAAUAGGCAACAAUCGAUUGGAAUACGCGGAUCUUCAGAUAUUUGCUCAAACGUCUCCCACAGAUACUCUCAAAUGUCUCAUCAUCAAGAUUACUCGUCGGAAGGCGGUUCUGGUCAGCAGCCAGUGAUCAUGGGGCACUUGGAUCCGGGCAUGGGGGAGGAUGAAGAAGACCAAGCCCUGCAACUUGAAAAAUAUUUCAAGUAUCCGCACCCGACGUCAGUAGCUCAUUCCAGUUUAUCUUCCCAAAAUCUUAUGGACAAUAAUCACAAUUAUGCUAGCGACUUGCGAUACUAUGCACCCCAGCAAAGCCAACUAGAUCUCUCGAAUGCCCAAUGCGUUGUUGACGAUCCAAAUAAGGAUAAUCAAUGCUCUAGCGUCAGUAUCGGACAUUCAAUGGAGCAGUACCACCAGAGCAUGGAAGCUGCUAAAUACAACGAACAACAACACCAACACCAUCAGCACCAGCAACAACAGCAGCAGCAGCAGCAGCAACAGCAACAACAACAACAACAACAACAACAACAACAACAGCAGCAGCAACAACAACAGCAACAACAGCAAAUUUCUCAACAAAAUCAAAGUGUCGAGCAUGUGUCAAAGUCAGAUGAUGAUUUUAGCGUUAUUCUGGCUGACGUUCGCAAAACAUGCUACAGUAGUUAGGUUCUAUAAAUUUUCUUAGUCUGGUCACGGAUUCAGAACGAACUUGAUGCAUUGUGUGAAAUAGAUCAUGCUUGGUAUAUUUUAUAACAUACUUGUCAUCAAAGCUUACGCUGACCUCAGACUUCCGAAGACACGUGGAUUGGUCUGAUCACGAAAGAAAAAAAUCGAAUGGAUAUAGGAUUCAAAAAAGCACCGGGUGAUAAGAAAUGGAAAGAGUACAGGAAUAGUUCUGAAAAGUAAAAUGACUGAGUUUUUGAAUUCUUCUUCUUCUUCUUCCCCUGAUUCAGCUUCGUCGAAAAUUGGAUAUGACCAUGUUUUUACUCUGUCGGCAUAGCAGGUUUGUCAUUGUUGUAAUUUUACUGAAUUUUCCAUCAAGUUUGUGCUCCAAUCACUGGUUUAUCUUAUUCACGAAAUUCGUGCAAUAGAUACCCUGACAAUUUUCUCUUCACGUUUGUUAGAUCGAGCAUGUAACAUGGCGCCACGAUUGGUGGAAAGUACGCGUAACCCAUUUACAGAUUAGAAACGACAGCGUGACCUCAACCUCGAAGCGAGAGUUCUCGAGGAUACUGCAAUGAGUCGAGGGCGAUCCUUGAGCCACAAAACUUGGUACAAAAUUGUACAAAAGUUGAAAGGUUAUUGGAGAGUGAAGCCACGGCAACGGCCCUGAUUUAUAUUCAUCUAUAUAUCGAUUGUUUCAUUCUGGUAAGUAGUAUUAGCACUGAUUAGACGAAAUUAUGAUCAAAUCAUUAGCUUGAAUUAUUCUUAUAAAAUAAAACACCUAUACAUAUACCCCUCGUAAUAUUAUUAUUAUUAAUAUUAUUAUUAUUAUUACUAUUAUUAUUGUUAUUAGUGUGAAAUUAAAAUGCAAAGUGAAGAUAAUUAGAUAGACUGUAAGCAAUGAUCGGGAAAGUCAAACUAUUAGAAAAAAAACGAAUGGAUGAAAAAUUGAAUUAAAUCUUUCAUAUACAUAAUUGUGAUACAGGUAGACAUUUUUUCCGCUAAGACUGUCUCUCGCGCACUGUUUUUCGCUCGAUGAAAUUCGGUAAAUGACGGUGAAAAAUUGGUAUAACUUAUUAUAUUAUACAAUAGACUGAUAUAUUCGAGACGACGAAUCAGUACAGCGAAUCAAGUGUAAGCUUGCCAGACUUUGAAGGACGGAAAAUAGUGCUAGGAAACAUUCUUAGGAAUGAAUCAAAAAUUUAUUCGUAAAAUAUUAUAUUUUCUUAACUGGCCAAACUGUGGCUUGCCACGGAUUCAGUAUCUCAUGCGGAGAAGGAUCACGCUACUUCUUAAAAUUCGGUAUAAUUUGAUUCUCUAUUGUUCGUAUAAUUUAUUAAAAGGAAACAAAUUCGUCCGUGAUAAUCACGACUUGAAAUGCUUGAAUGAAUACUUGAUUUCAUUCCUGACAGCUACGAAUCAUCAACUCUUAUACAACUGCUGUGAUCCUUGGGUUUUUCUUAUUAGCGAACGCGGAAUUAAGCUUCCGAGUACUCAUUUGCAAUAUCACUCCACAAUUCGGCCAUGUUGGUUAACUUCCAUUUACGCAUUCAUGAACGGCGAACGUGACUAACUGUAAGUUUUGAGAAUUAUUUGUCAGCCGUCAGUAUCAUGAGUUGCCUGGUUUGAACUGUGGUUUCGCUAAAAUCUUAUUUUCAUUAUAAGUAAAGUAAAAAAUAUACCUAGAUAUACAUAUAGAGAAAAGAUUGUUAGACAAAAAUUAGACGCUGUACUAGAUUGAUAAUUAUGUACGAAAACGAGGCAUGCGUAGAUUUUACAAUAUAUACUGUAUUUUUAAAAAAAUAAACAAUAUUUUCACCGAGCAUAUACGCGCGUGUAAAAUUUUUCUUUCUCUGAUGGAUUAAAUGAGACAUGUUGAGCUUGGGACAAGUAAAACUAAAAAAAAAAAAAAAUAGACUACUGCCACCAAAAACAUCAGCUUUUAUUUGAACGCAGUGAAACGCAACGUGCAAUCAAAAUAAAAAUACCAAGACAUAUUUUAUUUUGAAACGAAUUGUCAACAGAAAUAGUAUAUACCUAAUUCAAUUUCGCGAGUAAACUGAAAAUAAGUCACUGAGAUUUCGAAUAAUUUACAAUUGCAUUGAAAAAUUUUUGCGUUUCCGUAAUUGUAUCAAUCAAGUUUUUCGAUGUUUCUAUAUCAUUACGACGCAUAUACGGAGGGAAUCUAGUUCAGGCAGUUCACAAGGCUGCAGAGAAAAAAUCUGGUUUUUCUUUUUAUUAAAUAUAAUAUAAUAUAUGUAUAUAAAAAUAUGUAUAUAAUUACAACAUUAUAUGCAAAGCAUAAAACAUGGUGAUGUGAUGUUAUACAAUAAAUAUAACUUUUCGUAACUUGACUUUGUAUACCGAUAAAUUUUACUUUGCAGUGAUGAAAAGAAGGAAAAUAUUAAAAAUUAACAAUGUGUUCGUACACCUAUGUUGAAGUACGGCAUAUAGUAUAUUAUACAUAUACCUACAUAAAUAUUAACUUUUCCAGUGAAUAUCUUCUCCGUGUCGCAGAUAUAUACACAGAACUAUGAUUUAUCACCGAAAGUUCCAAUUGUAUACUUAUAGUUUACAGUUAGUAGAAUUACUGUAGUUAUACCGUUACAGCGUUGUGUAAAAUUUAGCUCAGCAUUACGUAAUACUACUAUUUCUAUUAUUAUUGUUAUGAUUAUUUUUCUUCAUUAUCCAUUAUAGUCCCUAUCUGCGUUACUCUAUUGGUUUUUAUAUACAUACAAUAAUAAUGUCACCAUUUUUCUCUCACGUUUUUUCAAGUUUAACACUGCCGAGACGUGUUCAUCGGUGAACAAAGUGGCAGCCAGCGUUAUACCGACCCUUUCGUUUAAUAUUCUUAAAAUUAACUUCUCUAUUGACUGUGACUAUUCAUGAUACUCAAAUCGCAAUUCGUGAACCACGAUUUAUGUGUAUAGGAGUAGUUUCUUCGUACGGAUUUACGAAUGGCAACCACAUCUCUAUCACAAAAGAGAACAUUUCAUCGAUUUCAACCAAGGCAUUGUAAUUUCUUCACAAUACGCGUGAACGAAAAGUCGGAGAGGAUUUAGAGAACGAUACAUUUGUAGUGCGUAAAAACGGU